AACGACCGCCAUUUUCUUUUUUUGGUGUAUCGUGUGCCGGCGGCUUUGUCCACAAAGACAUUUUAUUUUAACAGACUGUAACAAUUACAAAAAUGACAGACAAACUUGAUAUGAGCCUUGAUGAUAUCAUCACACAGAACAAAAAAUCUGGACGAGGUGGAGGAAGAGGUAGAGGCAGAGGCGGUCAACGACGAGGCGGCGGUGGUGGUGGACGCGUCGGUGGCGUGCGAGGCGGUGGUGUACAAAAGAGAGGUGGACGUGGAGGGGGUCGACCAACUCCUUACCAGAGACCCAAACAGAUGCCAGAUGUCUGGCAACAUGACCUAUUUGAUGGCGGUGCAGGAGGGAUGAAGAGAGGCGGCGGUGGACUACAAACACAAGGAGGCGGGUCUGGAAAGUUACUGGUGUCUAAUCUAGAUUUUGGAGUAAAUGACUCAGAUAUUCAGGAAUUGUUUGCAGAGUUUGGUCCACUAAGAAAAGCAGCUGUCCACUAUGACAGGUCUGGAAGGUCACUUGGUACAGCAGAGGUCAUCUUUGAAAGACGGACGGAUGCAGCAAAAGCAAUGAAACAGUAUAACAAUGUUCCUCUUGAUGGCAGGGCCAUGAGCAUACAACUGGUAGGAGCACCCGCAGCAACACAAACACCCCAGCAGAGGUUAGGGGGAGGUGGUAACUAUGGCAACAGACCUAGAGGAGGCGGAGGCUUUGGCAGGCGUGGUUUCCGUGGCGGCCAGGGGCGUGGUGGUGGUGGUGGACGAGGCAGGGGAAGAGGCGGACGUGGGGGUCAGAAUCGCAAAACACCUACAGCAGAGGAAUUAGAUGCACAGUUGGAUGCCUAUAAUGCUAAGAUGGAUGUAGAAUAGCUGUGAGAGUAUUCCUAGGGACAUUUGACAUAUUCCAGUAGCAGCUGCAGACGAGAUAGUUUCCUCUUUCACUGGCAAACUCACUCUGAACUCCAGACUCAUAAACUGUGACCAACUAGAGGCAACAUUUUUAUAGAAACACUUGAUCAAGUUGCCUGUGAAGGAUUCUAUUUUUAUGUCCAAAUACAGCAUUGAGACUGUCCUUCCUUAAUUUAAGUGACCAAACUGUGUGUGAUGACGUUAAUCGUUAAUGAAGCCAGGAUCUAGAAUUCUCAGACAGAAUCACAAUUGUAUCCCUUACCUGGCAUGUAGGCUUUCAUGAAUGAAUAUUAUUUUUAAAAUGAAACCUGGACUGCAGUUUUAAUGUAAAUAUUGGUUUUUUUUUACAAAGAUGAUCACAACAGGAGAUUGUUAGGAAAACAUAUGAAAUAGAACAAGACUUUUAUAUAACAUAA